CAUGAGCUGUAAGUUUCUACAACACAGAAUUUGAAAAAAAGAGGAAGGAAGAAAACAAGCAAGAAAGCAAGAAGGGUACCCUCAAGGUUAGAUUUUUGACUCUUGAUUUGAGAUGGCAUCAUUUACAGGCACUACCCAGAAGUGCAAAGUAUGUGAAAAGAAAGUCUACUGGGUGGAACAGCUAACUGCUGAUAACAAGGUCUACCACAAGUCUUGCUUCAGAUGUCACCACUGCAAGGGUACCCUCAAGCUGAGUAAUUAUUGUUCAUUUGAGGGCGUUCUAUACUGUAAGCCUCAUUUUGAUCAACUCUUUAAGAUGACUGGCAGCUUGGACAAAAGUUUUGAAGGUACUCCACGAAUUGCUAGAAUCGAAAGAUCUGCAGAUCAGGUCCAAACCAACAGCAAGGUAUCGAGAUUGUUUUCCGGAACUCAGGAAAAGUGUGUUGGUUGCAACAAAACAGUGUAUCCAAUUGAAAAGGUGACUGUUGAUGGCAAAUGUUACCAUAAGGCUUGUUUCAGGUGCACCCAUAGAGGUUGUGUAAUUAGCCCAUCAAAUUAUGUGGCCCAUGAACAUCGUCUUUAUUGUAGACACCACCAUACUCAGCUUUUCAAGCAGAAGGGCAACUUCAGUCAAUUUGAUAAGCUUGAAAAUGUUCAAGGGAUGACCGAGAACUCAACAUCCGAGUAGCAAUACUAUGCAACUUUCACAUUACAGUGGUAAUGCAGGUUCAGAUGAUGACUCUUUUUAGGCUUCAAAUGGCACUGUUGCAAUACCCAGUUCCAUUUGUUUUAAUAUAUGUAAUUAUAAUAUUUGUGAGGCAAGCUUGUAACGAGAACUAUGAUUUUGUAGCAAAUUUUUUUGGAGGUUGAGAUUUGGGAAGUAAAUAGUAUGUACUUUCUUCUAUUAUUCUUUUAAAUCAUAUGAUAGCUG